AUGGUCCCCCGGCGUGGCACUUCGCAGCGAUGUGAGUUGCGUCACCUGGCUGCGUGGGCGGAGUGCGUGAUAACACGCAGGCAAAUCAAUGUGUCUAUUGAUAGAGUUGGUGCCCGACACCCACGCCUCCAACAGUUCUCGCCCCGUCUUGUUGCCGGUUCGCGCCAAUAUCCGCGUGUUGACGAAGUCGAACUCAUGGCCUUCCUCCAGCGUGUGAGUGACGACUUGAACUAGUGGGUCGCCUCUCCGAACGGCUCGUUUGCGCUCAAGUAUCAAUGAGCUGAGACAUCGUCCUGUUUGGCCUGUGUAGUGGCAAGGACAGUUAUGGCACGGGAUUUGAUAGACUACGCCCGACUGCUCACUUGAGUCCAGCCGAUCCCUCAUUUUCAUGAUUCUGCUAUGCAUGGUAGCCGCCGGAUGAUGAGCGAUGCCCACGCCUAACUCUGACGCAAUGCGUUCUGUAGCCUCGGACACAUUCUUUAUGUACGACAGGAAGUGCCCAAUUGUUGGUGUCUCUCUUCCGUUUGUCCGUCGUGGGUGCAUGCGUAUGCAGCGGUUGAUGAAAUUAUUUGGGUAGCCGUUCUUUGUUAAUUGGUCCGGGAGAUGCCGUAGUUCUUCCAUCCUUCCUUCUGGCUCGCUACAUUGCGUUUUUACCCGGUCGAAAAGCGCCUUCACACGGCGCCGUUUGUGCACAAAUGGGUGGUUUCUAUUAUAGUUGAGGACCUGGGUUGCAUUGGUCGCCUUUCUGUACAAUGUAGUGCUGAGUUUAACAUCAGAUGUGCGCGUGACGAGCACGUCCUCUGACCCACGCCAGCUUCCGCUUACCGGUCAACGGAAAGACGACGUGGAUGCAUCUUCGCUCACUUCGCUGGCAGCUGCUGCGCUACGUCCUCGUUUGUAGACGAUGUGUUGGUGACAGACCUGAUAUGAGAUGCCGACGACCAGAUGGACCGUCGUCUUAUCACCUUCAAAAUGAGUCUGUAGAUUCAGCCCGAAGGCGACUACAGGGUAAGUUAGGUAGUGUGCCGGUCAGAUUUCGGCAGUUGCACACAUUUCUUCCUGAAUCAAAUGCAAGAUUUGCGGUUGAAUGACGCGUCAGUUGCGGGAUGCCAUUAAAGCCACUGUCAUGGAUACUCUUGACCGCGCACGUCGUUAGCACCACGACUGGCUUGCUGACAACGAUGCAGAACUCCGCACUCAUCUCUGCGAGGAACACCAUCUACAUACGACCUUCAAUACCAGCAACAGCAACGUCAACAAAAUCCCAUACUUCCGAUGCCGGCGGCUAGUACAACAGAGGCAGAGGGAGAUGUUGAAUUACUGGUUGACUUGCAGGGCAGCGGAGAUCCGGGAAUAUGCCGGCUGUGGUGAAAUGAAGACUUCCGAUGAGACCAUCAAAGUAGUCUACAAUCCGCAAGCCAUGGAGACUGCGUCACUGCUGAGUCAGGACGGAGCGAUCCUCCUAACGCAGAGUCCCGGACCCCGGAGCGCUGGACCACACACUUCCAGGGCGUCCUAA